AUGUCAACAGCAGAGGUGCCUCGAAUGUACGUCGUGGAUCUCACCCUGGACGACCUGAAUCUCGACCUGCCUAGUUCUCUGCUAGUUUUCCGUGCCGAUACCGAUGCCGGUGUCUGGCAGCGGAGGAUGGGACAUUGCAAUGCGCGCGCCCUGAAGCAGCUCUCGGAUAAGGAAGGCACCGGCAUCAAGUUCACCACCAACAUUCGACCAGGGGAGGGUGGGAACAAAGUGCUGAGCAUAGUAGAUCAGCUGAAUGAGCGUUUCGAAACGGUGGACCUGGGAGGAGCCAGGGACAAUACCAACGCAGUGUUGGACAAGUUCGGCAUGGCCGACGCGCGUCCGGCGACAUGUCCGUCUGAGGCUGGACCGGUGUCCGUCUUGGAGGACGAGGUGUUGUCAGCGGAGGAUACCACAUAUUUCCGCUCCGCCACAGGCUCGCUUUUUUAUCUCAGCAGGUGCACAAGGCCCGACAUUACUCACUCCGUGAUGGUUUUGACGCGGAGUAUGGCGAAACCAGGUUCGAGGGCGAUGCAGAAACUCAAACGCGUACUCGGGUACCUGAAAGGGACGAUAUCAAUCGGUGUGCGCUACGGCGAGGAUGCCGAAGACGGAAACGUCAUUACGGCGUUUGUCGGCUCAGAUUUUGCAGGCGACCUAGACAAGGGCUACUCCACCACGGGAGUCGUUCUGUAGAUCGCUGGUGGACCGGUAGAAUGGACAUCAUCCAAGCAAACGGUGGUGGCGACCUCUUCCGUCGAAGCAGAGUUCGUGGAUUUGUCGAAGGGGUGUAACAUCAUCAAGUAGUUUCCCGCCACCUGCUGGACACCAUAAAUCAGAUUCAGGAAGAAGCAACCGUGGUGUGGGAGGGAAAGUCGGGAGCUCUGAAAUUAACUCGCAGCUUCCGUAUCACCCCAAGGACUAAGCACAUUGACGUAAAGUUUCACCACGUAAGGUCGCUGGUAGCUGAUGGAGUCGUAGACGUGAAGCAAAUAAAUAUCGACGCCGCUUCGGAAAGCGUAUAUUUUUACAAAAGAGCUAAACCCGUCGGAGUUUCUCCGCGCCCGUGGCAUGCUGUUAGGAGUUUGAUCACCUCCCCUCUUCGUAAUCAGACUUCAUGUCUGAAGGGUUGGAUGAUGUAUGUGUGUGUAUAUGUUUAAAGAAUAAUCGGGAGAUUUGUGUUGAAGGAAAACAUUCGCUGCUGAUGCAACGCAGCUGAGAAAGGCAGAACAAUUGUGAGUCAGAAGAUACCAUUGUUUCGAGAGGACAGUGAGAGAAUUGGAUCUGAUGCAUUGGUACUAGAAUGACGUAGUUCUUCAGAGGACAUGUUGGAGUAAUUGCAGUGCAAGAACGACUCUAUUCUACUGCAUGGGUUCAUGCAGUAUUGUGAAGGCGUUGCCAAGUGUGUAACCGUCAGGUGAAGACAGCUUGGGCGUCUGUGUGGAUAAUAAUAAUAUCACGCUGUGUGUUUGCCUACCUAACCUCGCAUCACAUGCUAGCUACUUUGUAGCCACAGCUGAAGGAAUAGCUGUACAGCGACUGCAGUGACAGUGCAGUUGCCUCAACAGAUGUAUUCCAGUAUGUGUAGCUGUAGGUGUUAGUACAUGUGCGCGCGAUUGAAGCCUCUGCUGCUGUGUGGAUCAUAUUCGUGUGGCCGAGCUGGAAUAGUCUGCAGCCGCAGCAGUUGGUGAUUUGAGAAUGCACGAGAGCGGAGUUGUGUUGUGAGGUAUAGUCUAGUCUAGCUGUAGACUGUACUGUAGACUACGAGAGCGGAGUUGUGUUGUGAGGUAUAGCUGUAGAACAACUCUACCAAUGUACUGUGCGUCUGCGUUGGUUGGACUCUGCAUAUGAUACAGCAACAGAGCAAGAUCUGUUCGUGCUGUUUUACGUGUUGUUGCCGAGGUGUGCUGUUUCUUGUUUGCGUGAAGUCCGGCACGCCUGCUUGCCGCACACGUUUACGUCCCGCACGUCUCUGACUGGAGUUUGUGUACACUAAAGUCAGCGUGUCUGCGUAAUGCCAACCACGAGAGCCGAGCGGAGGAAACCAAAUGUGCUUGUCCUUUAUGCGUUUGCUGCGUUCCACAUCAUCAUAGACUCGGCGUAUCAUAUGCACUCCGAGUAUCAUAUUUUUUAACUUGUUUCUUCCAUCCGUAUCCGUGCUCGGCUUGGCGAAAACAAGUUCUACUCUAUCCGUACCGGUCGUGCGGGACGAGACGAACGGAAUAUCUAUCCCGUCUCCCACGCAGGAGGCAGACACAUGCGCCAGACAACAAACGCACGGAGGAGGACAGAGCCAUCACCCUUAGCGGUCAACGCAUGGAUUCAAAAAUUAUAAAUAAUUGUCUGGGUCAAAGGUGGAGAAAGAGCAGGCCCGCCGAUCAAUAGUCUACAUCUACAGCAACUCAACACCAGCAGAUAUUUCGAGUCCCCAACCCUCAGAUUGACAUGUGCCCACUGGUGGGUCCUACAGCGGGCGCGGGCGAGGUCGCAGGCCUUGAACGAGAGUACCUGUACUCUGAAAUAUUGUUGCUUUCGAAAACGUCCGAUAGUUUCUUCCGCUUGAGUGCAACGUUGCCUGUCAACUUCAGCCCUAUGGCUUUCAUGUAGGCGAUCGCGACUGCGUCCGUGAGGGUGCAGAUCUGUUCAAGCUUCAAAGGUACCCCGCUAGCGACUCUUUCACUCGCUCUAUCUCUGUCCCCUCUGGCGCGCUUCGAUGCCGGCGGCGGUGUUGAAGUAGAAGUCGAAGCAGAGGACGUCCUGACUCGAGAUACCUCGUUCACGGUUGCGAGGUCGGCGGCGGCAUCUCGGUCCCUUCCUGCCUUGGCCGCUAUCUUGGAUCGUUUUCGCGCCUUUUCUACCGUAGAAGGCGCACGGAUAAGUUUCGGCGCGCAACCCGUAGGUGCUUGCGUACCUUGCGUUGUAACGUUUCGUCGCCUCGGCCAUCACCUGGCUCUUCUCGUCGCAGACCAUCGUCGCUUCCGCGAGACAGGUGGCAAAGGCGUCCAGCUCUGCAUCACUUGUCGGAGUCAACGCCUUAACCCGU